UCAGAGUCUAUUUUUAAAAAAGGAAAAAGAUUGAUGGAAACCAGUACACGUCGAUCUUAGUUUCAGAUUCGAGUGUGUCUCGAGAAACUUGAACGUAAGCGCACGAGAGAUGCGCGUUUGAGGUGAUCGCGCGGAAAAUGUGUUAUUUCGUUUGUUGAGAAUCGCCACGUCUUAUGACACAAUCCAAUGUUAUAUACAAGUGUAUAAAUGCGAUGCAACUCAAACAUGUACGCUGUGCACGUGCAACGGAGUGCCCUAAUUGCAAUUAAAUUCACCAGAAGAUGACGACGCGUAUGCGUGCGACGUUUCCCGUGGCGACGAGAGGUCAAAGUAUCAUUGCCGGAGGAAUCGUGACAUGGUGUGCGAUAGGUUGAAUAUAAAGCGACUUGUUUACCAAGAGACUGCAAAGCACUUUUGUCUCCGCGGUUCGGCAGGGAGCUCUCUCUCUCUCUCUCUUUCUCUCUCUCUCUCUCCCUCGUUUGUCUGGUCAACGACCGUGAAAAAAUUCGCGUGUUCAACAUGAUGCGACAGGACACGGCGUAAAAUUGCAGACUGCAUUGUGCUCCUCGAAAGCGGAGAGAUUCUGCGAUAGAUACUAUGAAUGUAACGAGAACAGUUCGUAUUAGUAUAAAUGUGAACGAACGAGAAGGACGAAAUAAGUGUGUCGAUUAAACAUGUAACGCGUAAGGCUCUGGGUUUUGUUUCGUUAUACAUAUGUAUGGUACCGAUUAUAGAGAUAGUCUUUGGAGAUGUUUGCUUCUCGCGAUCUCUAAUCUAUAUUAAACUGCAUACGUAUUCGCUAUGAUCGGAUAAAUGCCAAUAACCUCGUUAUAAUUAGAUAACAGUGAUUCAUCGAUUCUUAUUCGCAGUUUCUUUUGUUGUUAUCCUUGAUUCAUGUACUCGUCAAGCCUCGAGACUCGUUGCAAGUGCAGUAAGACUAUAAAGGAGACAUAUCGAUCGAAAACGUUCCAAUGUUAACGAAUGCUUAACAACUACUCGACACGAUUUUAUUCCAACGAAUAUUUCAAAUCGUUUAAGCAACGUCGAAUAAACUCUGUAUCGCCACAGUAGAAUCUAAUUCAACGAUACCGAAUACGAUAUCCAAAAGUUAUCAGUGAAAUUAUAUAAUUCGAAUCAGUCGAUUCAAUUAGGAAAUAGUUUAGUUGCGUAUCAUCGUCAUCGAGCAUGAUGCCUAAUUUGCCUCCGACUAUUCACGAUUACGACGGCCAAGUACUAUUCCGUAAACAUCGAGUAACGUGUUCGCUACGUAUUCAAAUAUCACCUAGCACAAUCGUGUAAGAAGCAAAAGGAACGUUUACGUAUUCAGAGUAUUGAUAUUUCUUUUGUAUUCGAUUCGUCAUCAAUUAGCAUUUCUCAAUGUUCUCGCGCAGGUACUCGUUCGAUUCUCGAGAUUCUCGAGGAACAUAAAUAUUUUUUAUAUUCUUCGAACAUUCGUUUCCUUCGAUUUGCAGCACUUAAAAAGAUCGCGUUGAAUUUUUGCUAAACGAUGUUCCUAAAAUAAAAUUAUUCUUCCCCACCACCCUAUCAAAUAUUCGAAAUACAGUCUUAUCAUACGUCGGCCCUGAAGAUCGCGAUAAUCGGUACGCGGGUUCUAGAGCACUCUGUCGCUAGAUCCACGAGCAUCUACGAGGAACUGGUCAGCCCCAGGAACACGAUUACACUGUACUUGAAUUCCUACUUCCUGGCGUGAUUUCAACCAUCGUCAUUUUUUUCUCGCUACGAUGGACACCGAUGUCGAGUCCUGUUUAAAAGACUGGAACGACUUAGCGAAAGAUUAUAAGGACUUAGAAGUAUUAAACAGAGAGUACCUUGCAAAAUUAGAGGAAAUAAGCGAACUUCAAGCAAAAUGUUUAAAAGGUAUUUCUCACCAGAGAUACAGGAUGGGCGUAAUAUCAAAAUCACUCAAACAGUUGCACGCAAGCGAUGCAAGGAAAAGUUUAGCUAAAGAUAUGGCCAGAAGAGAAGAGCAAUUACACGAAAUGGAACAGACAUUGCCAAAACGAAACGGCACGUACCUUCAAAUUAUUUUAGGCAGCGUUAAUGUUUCCAUAUUAAACAGAAGUGAUAAGUUCAAGUACAAAGAUGAGUAUGAAAAGUUUAAGUUAAUCCUCUCUGUAAUUGGGUUCAUUCUAUCCGUAUUAAAUCUAGUCACCAAUGUCAGAACUUUGGAACUCAGUUUUAUGUUCCUCUUAGUUUGGUACUACUGUACGUUGACAAUAAGAGAAAGUAUAUUAAAAGUAAACGGUUCGAAAAUCAGAGGUUGGUGGAGAUUUCAUCAUUUUCUCUCAACCGUCGUAUCCGGUGUUCUAUUAGUAUGGCCUAACACGGGGCCGUGGUACGCAUUUCGACAACAAUUUAUGUGGUUCAAUGUGUAUAUUAGUGUAGUGCAGUAUUUGCAAUUCUGUUAUCAACGCGGUGUGUUAUACCGCUUGAAAGCAUUAGGCGAAAGGCAUAAUAUGGAUAUUACUAUCGAAGGUUUUCAUUCGUGGAUGUGGCGUGGACUUUCAUUUUUGUUGCCAUUCUUGUUUGUUGGAUACUUAUUUCAAUUGUAUAACGCAUAUGUAUUGUACACGUUAAUAUCCCACCCAGAAGCUACAUGGCAUGUUCCAGUCCUUAGCAGCAUGUUUUUAGUACUGUUCCUAGGUAAUUUGAUAACAACUUGUAUGGUAAUUCCUCAAAAAUUGAGACAACGUAUGAGAGAUCAUCUCCCGGGAGUAUUUUGUUCUAAACCCGAGCGUAAAGUAGAAGCGGAUAACGAGAAAGAUGUUAAAGAUCAAAAAUCCGAGUGAAAGGACAUUAGUACACCUCGAAUGCAAUGUUUGAUUAGGCGAGUAUGACAGACAAAUAAAGUACGAAGUAAAGUUGACGAAUGUGUGAAAAAAUCUGUGGAAAAACAUUAACGGUAUCCUGGAAAAACGAGUAGUUAGAUAUUUUAGUUCCGUAUAGACAAUUACAUAAUAUACCAAAAAGUAGUUGAAGUAUCGUAAAUGAUUCUUUCCUCUACGUGCCGACGUCUUUCUACAUGUAUCGCCGAGCAUAGAAUUAAUUAUAUAUCAGCUAAUUGUAAUGUAGAAACAAAUUAUUCAAAAAUAUUCCUUCCGGAUGCGUUUUUAUAUUUCCAGAAACUUUAAUUUUUUGGUUAUACAUAACGUUAGUUUCUGUGGAUAUUGAUAUGGUAUACCGAAAUUAAGGCAUACAUUAGAUUUUAUUUAUCUGGGUACACACCUCGACAUUUUAUUAAUUUAUUUUAAAAUCUUAAUUAUUUUUAUGAAUUCCUAAUGUUUUAAAAGAUUUCUUAAUUCGAAGUUCCAAGAAAUGGUGAUACGAUAUACUAUUUUUGAAAUUUAUCGAUCGUUUGCUUACAUUUAAGGGCAUUUAUAUAGACAUUUCAUUUUCUCCUAGUUCUCAGAAAUUUCAGUGAUAAUUAAAUAAUACGUUACAGUCGACGAAAGCAAAACACAAUAGUUUUGUAUGUAAAAUAGAAUUUACAUAGCCGUGUGCAGCGUGUUUUCUAAUUUUAGUAACAGUUUUAAUUCGUGUAAAUAUAUAAUUUAAUUGAAGAAACAUUUACUCACGCACACAUUUGAAUGUUCAAUACUCACUCCGCUCCUAACAUAAUAGUCAUUUAUAAAUUGUUAUGCAUGAUACUCCAAAAAUGUAUGUAAUAUAAUUAUUAUUUGUUCAUAAUGUAUCUAUUAAGUUAUAUGUGUAAAUAAAAGUGGUACCACUCGCCUAACAUUAAAUAAAAUAACAAAUUUGCAAUCGUUAUUACGUACGUUAGAAACGAUAGAUACGAUUUUUUAUCGGAUUUGUUUUUAAUAAAAAUAAUUACCAAGUAGUA